AACAGCUGUUCAACCCCUAACUCUCUCUCAUUCUGUUUCUCAAUUGAAAUUCACAACUUCUCAAAGGCCCCAAAAACUCCAACAUGUCCUGCCCAGCUUGCUUCCAAGGAGGCGUCUCGACCAGCCAUCCAACUGGCAAAGAAGCUACUGUACACGGCCUUGCUACGUACGUUGCGGAGCCAGAAGAGAACACCACGCCUAAGGGCAUAAUUGUCUUCAUCACCGAUGCUUUUGGCUGGGACUUUGUGAACAACAGGGUCCUAUGUGAUCACUAUGCAAAGGGAGGAUUCCUCGUCUACUGCCCGGACUUCAUGAAUGGAAGUUCCAUGCCAUCCAGAGCUCUCACACUUAUGGAUGAAAUCAUGAAGCCUGGGUCUUGGUUUAAUGCUUUAACACGCUACUCCGUCUCUCAACCCCGAGUCUUCUCCUUCGUUAAAGCUCUACGAACUUCCCCACCUCCAUUCGAUACGAACAAUCUCAAGGUAGGUGCUGCCGGCUUUUGCUGGGGAGGGAGACAUACAGUACUUCUUGCAGCGGAUACCCCCUCUUCCCGAGUCUAUAGACACGAGUCACAGGUCAAUUCUUCCUCUCUCGAGCCCUUGAUAGACUGUGCUUUUACCGCCCAUCCCUCCUACAUCGAAGUUCCCAGAGACAUCGAAGCCAUCACCAUUCCAACCAGUGUGGCCGUCGGCGAGAACGACAUGGCUAUGGGGGCGAAUAACAUUCAGCAGAUGAAGGGCAUUCUCGAGAACAAGAAGGUAGGCGAGCAUGAAGUCAUUAUUAUUCCGGGUGCUAAGCAUGGAUUUUCUCUCCGUACCCACCCAGAUGAUAAGCACGAAACGGAGUGUGCUCAGCAGGCGGAGGAUCAAGCCAUUUCGUGGUUCGCCAGGUGGUUCAAUUAAUCACACUUGUCCACUUGUGGAUAGCUUUGGGUUUCUGGAAGCUUUCAUGAUUAUAUAUAUAGUCACGAGUUGUACAAUGUUCACGCCCCAGUAUCUGCAGUGGCAUUACGUUCAAUUACACAAUGACCCAAGUAGAUUUCUCACAUGCCCGUGACAUGAAUACCCUCAAAUCUCUCACAAUCCCGAUUGUCGUUUUCUCGGGCUGUCCUCAAGUCUGACCCUCUUCGAGCUCUUCACUGGCACCUUCUCCUCGCGCCGC